GCCAUGCGCGACGGGUUGUACCACCAGGUUUGGGGCAUCGGGGCGUAGGUGGAGCAAACCAUCGGAGCGGCCGGGAGCCAUGUUGGAGCGUCGGGAGGCGGCAGCAGCGUCGGGGAUGCUGUGGUGGGGGCGGCAAAAGCCGGGGCCGUAUGCCAAAGGGGCUCUGGCCGCGGAGUAGAUGGUGCCCAGAGAGCAGUGGCGGCGCGGAGCGACGGGCAGAGGGGCGGAGGGCCGGGGCGGCGGCAGGGGCCCAGGAGGGGGCCAGAGCAGCGGGGCGGGCCCAAGGCCCGGACCCGGGCGGGGGGCGGCGGAGGCCGUGACGGGAGGCGGGGGUGAUGGCGAGGCGGCCUCUAUGGUGGGGUCUCCCGGGACCGUCGACCCCGGUACUACUGCUCCUUCUCCUCUCUUUGUUCCCUUUUAGCCGGGAGGAGCUGGGGGGCGGUGGGGACCAGGGCUGGGACCCAGGGGUAGCUACUACUACUGGGCCAAGAACGCAAAUCGGCAGCGGAGCCGUAGCUCUUUGUCCCGAGUCUCCCGGCGUCUGGGAAGAUGGAGAUCCUGGCCUGGGGGUCAGGGAGCCUGUCUUCAUGAGGCUCCGAGUAGGUAGGCAAAACGCCCGGAAUGGUCGAGGGGUCCCUGAGCAACCAAACGCGGAACUGGUGGUCCAGGCAUUGGGUAGUCGCGAGCAAGAGGCAGGUCAGAGUCCAGGAUAUCUGUUAUGCUGGCACCCAGAGAUCUCCUCUUGUGGGCAGACAGGGCCUUUACGAAGAGGUAGUCUGCCACUCGAGGCUCUGUCCCCAGGGGAUUCUGAUCUGAGGAACAGCUCUCCUCACCCUUCAGAACUUCUGGCUCAGCCUGAUGGCUCCAGGCCAGUGGCCUUCCAGCGUAAUGCUAGGAGAAGCAUCCGCAAAAGAGUGGAAACCUCUCGCUGCUGCGGGAAGCUGUGGGAGCCAGGACACAAGGGUCAGGGUGAGAGAUUCGCGACUUCCACGGUGGAGAGGGGACCCUUUCGGUGGGACUGCCUCCCCGGCUCUUUGGGAUCGGGCCUGGGGGAGGAUUCAGCACCACGUGCUGUGAGGACAGCUCCUACGCCGGGUUCAGCACCUCGCGAGCCUCGGACAGCUCCCGGGCGCAUGCGCUCCCGCGGUCUCUUCCGCCGCCGUUUCCUCUUUGAGCGCCCUGGGCAGCGCCCUCCCAGGUUCCCGACUGGUCCUGAAGCCAAGCGAAUACCCUCAACGAACCAGGGUCGUCCCCGUCGUGCUGCAAACCGCCACCCGCAGUUUCCUCAAUACAACUACCAGACACUGGUACCUGAAAAUGAGGCAGCGGGCACAGCGGUGCUGCGCGUGGUGGCGCAAGACCCGGACCCAGGCGAGGCCGGGCGCCUGGUCUACUCGCUGGCGGCGCUCAUGAACAGCCGCUCGCUGGAGCUUUUCAGCAUUGAUCCUCACAGUGGCCUCAUCCGCACGGCUGCCGCUCUGGAUCGUGAGAGUAUGGAACGCCACUAUCUUCGAGUGACAGCACAGGACCAUGGCUCACCGCGCCUCUCAGCCACCACCAUGGUGGCGGUGACAGUAGCUGACCGCAACGACCACGCGCCAGUGUUUGAGCAAGCCCAGUAUCGGGAAACACUUCGUGAGAAUGUGGAAGAAGGUUACCCCAUCCUGCAGUUGCGUGCCACCGACGGCGACGCGCCACCUAACGCCAACCUGCGCUACCGCUUCGUGGGGUCGCCAGCUUCGCGCACCGCAGCCGCCUCUGCUUUCGAGAUUGAUCCACGUUCGGGCCUUAUCAGCACCAGUGGCCGCGUGGACCGGGAACACAUGGAAAGCUAUGAGCUGGUGGUAGAAGCUAGUGACCAGGGCCAGGAGCCUGGGCCACGUUCAGCCACUGUGCGAGUGCACAUAACGGUGCUGGAUGAGAAUGAUAACGCGCCCCAGUUCAGCGAGAAGCGCUAUGUGGCACAGGUGCGUGAGGAUGUGCGCCCUCACACGGUGGUGCUACGUGUCACGGCCACGGACAAGGACAAGGAUGCCAAUGGCUUGGUGCACUAUAACAUCAUCAGCGGCAACAGCCGGGGCCAUUUUGCCAUCGACAGUCUCACGGGUGAGAUACAGGUAAUGGCACCUCUGGACUUUGAGGCAGAGAGAGAAUACGCUUUGCGUAUCCGGGCACAAGAUGCAGGCCGGCCACCUUUGUCCAACAACACAGGCCUGGCGAGCAUCCAGGUGGUAGACAUCAAUGAUCAUGCUCCUAUCUUUGUCAGCACACCCUUUCAGGUCUCUGUUUUGGAAAAUGCACCCCUGGGUCACUCAGUAAUUCACAUUCAGGCAGUGGAUGCAGAUCAUGGGGAGAACUCCAGAUUAGAGUAUUCUUUAACUGGUGUGGCAUCAGACACACCUUUUGUGAUAAACAGUGCCACUGGCUGGGUCUCUGUGAGUGGUCCCCUGGACCGUGAGUCUGUGGAACAUUAUUUCUUUGGUGUGGAGGCUCGAGACCAUGGUUCACCCCCACUCUCUGCUUCAGCCAGUGUCACGGUAACUGUGUUGGAUGUCAAUGACAAUCGGCCCGAGUUCACCAUGAAAGAGUACCACCUUCGGCUCAAUGAGGACGCAGCUGUAGGCACCAGCGUGGUCAGUGUGACUGCGGUAGAUCGAGAUGCCAACAGCGCCAUCAGCUACCAAAUCACAGGUGGCAACACUCGGAACCGAUUUGCCAUCAGCACCCAAGGUGGUGUGGGCCUGGUGACACUGGCUCUGCCACUGGAUUACAAGCAGGAACGCUACUUCAAGCUGGUGCUCACUGCAUCUGACCGUGCCCUUCACGACCACUGCUAUGUGCAUAUCAACAUCACUGAUGCCAACACACACAGGCCAGUCUUUCAGAGCGCCCACUACUCAGUGAGCAUGAAUGAAGACCGCCCAGUGGGUAGCACUGUGGUGGUCAUCAGUGCUUCUGAUGAUGACGUAGGUGAAAACGCCCGCAUCACCUACCUUCUGGAAGACAAUCUGCCCCAAUUCCGAAUUGAUGCUGACUCUGGGGCCAUUACGCUACAAGCACCACUGGACUAUGAGGACCAAGUGACCUAUACACUGGCCAUUACCGCUCGGGACAAUGGUAUUCCACAGAAAGCAGAUACCACCUAUGUGGAGGUAAUGGUAAAUGACGUGAACGACAACGCUCCUCAGUUUGUGGCCUCUCACUAUACAGGCUUGGUCUCCGAGGACGCUCCACCUUUCACUAGUGUCCUGCAGAUCUCAGCCACUGACAGGGAUGCUCACGCCAAUGGCCGGGUCCAAUACACUUUUCAGAAUGGGGAAGAUGGAGAUGGAGAUUUUACCAUUGAGCCCACCUCUGGCAUUGUCAGGACUGUGAGGCGACUGGACCGGGAAGCAGUGCCGGUGUAUGAGCUGACUGCCUACGCAGUGGACCGUGGUGUGCCCCCGCUGAGGACUCCAGUCAGCAUCCAGGUGACUGUACAAGAUGUAAACGACAAUGCGCCUGUCUUCCCAGCUGAGGAGUUUGAAGUGAGGGUGAAGGAGAACAGCAUUGUAGGAUCCGUGGUGGCUCAGAUCACUGCAGUGGACCCUGACGACGGCCCCAAUGCUCAUAUAAUGUACCAGAUUGUGGAAGGGAACAUCCCGGAGCUGUUCCAAAUGGAUAUCUUCUCUGGAGAGCUCACAGCACUCAUUGACCUGGAUUAUGAGGCUCGUCAGGAAUAUGUGAUCGUGGUGCAGGCCACAUCUGCUCCUCUGGUCAGCCGGGCCACUGUACAUGUGCGCCUGGUCGACCAGAAUGAUAACAGUCCUGUGCUCAACAACUUCCAGAUCCUCUUUAACAACUAUGUAUCCAACCGUUCCGAUACUUUCCCCUCAGGCAUCAUUGGACGGAUCCCAGCUUAUGACCCCGAUGUCUCUGACCACCUCUUUUACUCCUUUGAGAGGGGCAAUGAACUGCAGCUGCUAGUGGUCAACCAGACCAGUGGGGAGCUUCGACUCAGCAGGAAGUUGGACAACAAUCGCCCACUAGUGGCUUCCAUGCUGGUAACUGUAACAGAUGGCCUGCAUAGUGUUACAGCCCAGUGUGUUCUGCGUGUGGUCAUCAUCACGGAGGAGUUGCUGGCCAACAGCUUGACUGUUCGCUUGGAGAACAUGUGGCAAGAGCGCUUCCUGUCACCGCUGCUGGGUCAUUUUCUUGAAGGCGUGGCUGCAGUGCUCGCAACACCUACCGAAGACGUUUUCAUCUUCAACAUCCAGAACGACACGGAUGUGGGGGGCACCGUGCUCAACGUGAGCUUCUCAGCGCUGGCACCUCGUGGGGCCGGGGCAGGCGCUGCAGGGCCCUGGUUCAGCUCCGAGGAGCUACAGGAGCAACUGUACGUGCGCCGUGCCGCCCUGGCGGCCCGCUCGCUGCUCGAUGUGCUGCCCUUUGACGACAACGUAUGUCUGCGCGAGCCCUGCGAGAAUUACAUGAAAUGUGUGUCCGUGCUCCGCUUUGACUCCUCCGCGCCCUUUCUGGCCUCGGCCUCCACGCUCUUCCGACCCAUCCAGCCCAUCGCGGGUCUGCGCUGCCGCUGCCCGCCAGGCUUCACGGGCGACUUCUGCGAGACAGAGCUCGACCUCUGCUAUUCCAACCCUUGUCGCAAUGGCGGCGCGUGCGCCCGGCGCGAGGGAGGCUACACCUGUGUGUGCCGCCCGCGCUUCACCGGGGAAGACUGCGAGCUGGACACUGAAGCUGGACGCUGCGUGCCGGGUGUCUGUCGCAACGGGGGCACCUGCACCAACGCACCCAAUGGCGGCUUUCGCUGCCAGUGUCCCGCUGGCGGCGCUUUCGAGGGCCCGCGCUGUGAGGUGGCCGCACGCUCCUUUCCUCCCAGUUCCUUCGUCAUGUUCCGCGGCCUGCGACAGCGCUUCCACCUCACGCUGUCCCUCUCGUUUGCAACUGUGCAACCCAGCGGGCUACUCUUCUACAACGGGCGCCUGAAUGAGAAGCAUGACUUUUUAGCUCUAGAGCUUGUGGCUGGCCAAGUGCGGCUUACAUAUUCCACGGGUGAAUCCAACACAGUGGUCAGCCCCACAGUUCCAGGAGGCCUGAGUGAUGGACAAUGGCAUACAGUGCAUCUGAGAUACUACAACAAGCCCCGGACAGAUGCCCUAGGGGGUGCUCAGGGCCCAUCGAAGGACAAGGUGGCUGUGUUGAGUGUGGAUGACUGCAACGUGGCUGUGGCUCUGCAGUUCGGUGCUGAGAUUGGCAACUACUCGUGUGCAGCUGCUGGUGUGCAAACAAGCUCCAAGAAGUCCCUGGACCUGACGGGCCCUCUGCUCUUGGGGGGUGUCCCCAACCUUCCCGAGAACUUCCCUGUAUCCCACAAGGACUUCAUUGGCUGCAUGCGAGAUUUGCACAUUGAUGGCCGCCGAAUGGACAUGGCAGCCUUUGUUGCAAACAAUGGCACUAUGGCAGGCUGCCAGGCCAAGUCACACUUUUGUGCCUCAGGCCCCUGCAAGAACAAUGGCUUCUGCUCCGAGCGCUGGGGUGGCUUCAGCUGUGAUUGUCCUGUGGGCUUUGGUGGCAAAGACUGUCGACUCACACUGGCCCAUCCCUACCGUUUCCAAGGCAAUGGGACACUGAGUUGGGACUUUGGAAAUGACAUGCCUGUGUCUGUGCCAUGGUACCUGGGACUAUCAUUUCGAACAAGGGCAACAAAAGGGGUCCUGAUGCAAGUGCAGCUUGGGCCCCACAGUGUGCUCCUCUGCAAGCUAGAUCGAGGGUUGCUGUCUGUGACACUAAGUAGGACCUCAGGUCACCCUGUCCACCUCCUGUUGGACCAGAUGACUGUCAGCGAUGGCCGGUGGCAUGAUCUUCGGUUGGAGUUGCAGGAGGAGCCAGGUGGCCGAAGGGGCCAUCAUAUCUUUAUGGUUUCACUGGACUUCAGCCUCUUCCAGGACACCAUGGCCAUAGGGGGUGAGCUGCAGGGCCUGAAAGUAAAGCGGCUCCAUGUGGGAGGCCUGCCCCCCAGCAGUAAGGAGGAGGGGCCUCAAGGUCUGGUUGGCUGUAUUCAGGGGGUGUGGAUCGGCUUCACACCCUUUGGGUCCUCGGCCCUACUACCUCCCAGCCACAGAGUGAAUGUGGAGCCUGGCUGUACUGUGACCAACCCCUGUGCAUCUGGGCCCUGUCCUCCCCAUGCUGACUGCAAAGAUCUCUGGCAGACCUUUUCCUGCACCUGUCGGCCAGGUUACUACGGCCCAGGUUGUGUGGAUGCCUGCCUCCUGAACCCUUGUCAAAACCAGGGAUCAUGCCGGCAUCUCCAAGGGGCCCCCCACGGCUACACCUGUGACUGUGCCAAUGGCUAUUUUGGCCAGCACUGUGAGCACAGGAUGGACCAGCAGUGCCCUCGGGGAUGGUGGGGAAGCCCAACCUGCGGCCCCUGCAACUGUGAUGUUCACAAGGGCUUUGACCCCAACUGCAACAAGACAAAUGGCCAGUGCCACUGCAAGGAGUUCCACUAUCGACCGAGGGGCAGUGACUCAUGCCUCCCAUGUGACUGCUACCCUGUGGGCUCCACCUCCCGCUCAUGUGCACCCCACAGCGGGCAGUGCCCCUGCCGCCCAGGAGCCCUUGGCCGCCAGUGUAACAGCUGUGACAGCCCCUUUGCGGAGGUGACAGCCAGUGGUUGCCGAGUACUCUACGAUGCCUGCCCCAAGUCCCUGAGGUCUGGUGUGUGGUGGCCCCAGACUAAGUUUGGUGUUUUGGCCACAGUCCCCUGUCCCCGGGGGGCCUUGGGAUUGCGGGGUACAGGUGCUGCGGUGCGGAUGUGUGAUGAGGACCAGGGUUGGCUGGAGCCUGACCUCUUCAACUGUACCUCCCCUGCCUUCCGAGAGCUUAGUCUGCUGUUGGAUGGCCUAGAGCUGAACAAGACAGCACUGGACACUGUGGAGGCCAAGAAGCUGGCUCAGCGGCUGCGGGAGGUGACCGGCCAGACUGACCACUACUUUAGCCAAGAUGUCCGAGUCACUGCCCGCUUGCUGGCCUACUUGCUGGCCUUUGAGAGCCAUCAGCAGGGCUUCGGGCUGACAGCCACGCAAGAUGCCCACUUCAAUGAGAAUCUUCUAUGGGCUGGUUCUGCGCUGCUUGCUCCGGAGACAGGAGACUUGUGGGCAGCCCUGGGGCAGCGGGCCCCUGGGGGCUCCCCGGGUAGCGCAGGGCUGGUGCGGCAUCUGGAAGAAUAUGCAGCCACCCUUGCGAGGAAUAUGGAGCUGACAUAUCUGAAUCCUGUUGGACUAGUCACACCCAAUAUCAUGCUCAGCAUUGACCGUAUGGAGCAUCCUAGUUCAACUCAAGGAGCCCGUCGAUACCCCCGUUACCACAGCAACCUUUUCCGGGGCCAGGAUGCCUGGGAUCCUCAUACACAUGUGCUGUUGCCUUCCCAGUCCCCACAGCCAUCCCCAUCUGAAGUUCUGCCCACAAGCAGCAAUGCAGAAAACGCCACAGCCUCGAGUGUGGUCUCUCCACCUGCACCUCUGGAGCCUGAGUCUGAGCCUGGGAUUUCUAUAGUCAUUCUACUGGUGUACCGAGCCUUGGGAGGGCUUCUCCCCGCCCAGUUCCAAGCUGAGCGCCGGGGUGCCAGGCUCCCCCAGAAUCCUGUUAUGAACUCUCCAGUGGUCAGUGUGGCUGUUUUCCACGGACGCAACUUCCUCAGGGGUGUCCUGGUGUCCCCAAUCAACCUUGAGUUCCGCCUACUACAGACAGCGAAUCGGAGCAAGGCGAUCUGUGUGCAGUGGGAUCCACCUGGCCCGACAGACCAGCAUGGUAUGUGGACAGCGAGGGACUGUGAGCUGGUGCACAGGAAUGGGUCCCAUGCACGGUGUCGCUGUAGCCGGACAGGCACUUUUGGAGUCCUUAUGGAUGCCUCUCCCCGGGAGCGGCUAGAGGGAGACCUAGAGCUGCUGGCAGUGUUCACUCAUGUGGUCGUGGCAGUGUCUGUGACAGCACUAGUACUGACUGCAGCUGUCCUGCUGAGCCUGCGCAGCCUCAAGUCCAAUGUGCGUGGGAUCCAUGCCAAUGUGGCAGCUGCCCUGGGAGUGGCAGAGCUCCUCUUCCUGCUGGGAAUCCACAGGACCCACAACCAGCUGCUGUGCACUGCGGUCGCCAUCCUCCUGCAUUACUUCUUCCUCAGCACCUUUGCAUGGCUCCUGGUGCAGGGCCUGCACCUCUACCGAAUGCAGGUUGAGCCUCGAAAUGUGGAUCGUGGCGCUAUGCGCUUCUACCAUGCCCUGGGCUGGGGCGUCCCUGCUGUGUUGUUGGGCCUUGCUGUCGGGCUGGACCCGGAGGGCUACGGGAACCCUGACUUCUGCUGGAUCUCCAUCCAUGAACCGCUUAUCUGGAGUUUUGCUGGCCCUAUCGUCCUUGUUAUUGUGAUGAAUGGGACCAUGUUUCUCCUUGCUGCCCGCACAUCCUGCUCCUCAGGGCAGAGGGAGGCCAAGAAGACCUCUGUGCUCAGGACCCUUCGCAGCUCCUUUCUGCUCCUUCUGCUGGUCAGUGCCUCCUGGCUCUUUGGCCUUCUGGCAGUCAACCACAGCAUACUGGCCUUCCACUACCUCCAUGCUGGACUCUGUGGCCUCCAGGGCCUGGCUGUACUGCUGCUCUUCUGCAUCCUGAAUGCAGACGCUCGGGCUGCUUGGACACCAGCCUGUCUAGGCAAGAAGGCAGCUCCUGAGGAAACCAGGCCAGCCCCCGGGCCGGGGUCUGGGGCCUACAACAACACCGCUCUCUUUGAGGAGAGUGGCCUUAUCCGAAUCACUCUCGGUGCCUCUACCGUCUCUUCAGUGAGCAGUGCCCGCUCUGGCAGGGCCCAAGACCAGGACAGCCAGCGGGGCCGCAGCUACCUCAGGGACAACGUUCUGGUUCGACACGGCUCGACUGCAGAGCACACUGAGCACAGCCUCCAGGCUCAUGCCGGCCCCACUGACCUGGAUGUCGCCAUGUUCCAUCGAGAUGCUGGUGCAGACUCUGACUCUGACAGCGACCUGUCGUUGGAGGAAGAGAGAAGUCUAUCCAUCCCAUCUUCAGAGAGUGAGGAUAAUGGCCGGACUCGAGGGCGUUUCCAACGUCCACUCCGCAGGGCAGCACAGAGUGAGAGGCUCCUUGCCCACCCCAAAGAUGUGGACGGCAAUGACCUCUUGUCCUACUGGCCAGCCCUGGGAGAGUGUGAGGCAGCGCCAUGUGCUCUGCAGGCCUGGGGCUCUGAAAGGCGCCUCGGAUUAGACAGCAACAAAGAUGCAGCCAACAACAACCAGCCGGAACUGGCCUUGACCAGUGGAGAUGAAACCUCCCUGGGCCGGGCCCAACGGCAGAGGAAAGGCAUCCUGAAGAACAGGCUGCAAUACCCACUGGUGCCUCAGACUCGAGGCACUCCCGAGCUGUCGUGGUGCCGAGCAGCUACCUUGGGCCACCGGGCUGUGCCGGCUGCCUCCUAUGGUCGCAUCUAUGCAGGUGGGGGUACAGGUAGUCUUUCGCAGCCUGCCAGCCGCUACUCCUCUCGAGAACAGCUGGACUUGCUCUUAAGGCGACAGCUGAGCAGGGAGAGACUAGAAGAGGUCCCAGCUCCUGCACCUGUUUUGCAUCCCCUGAGCCGACCAGGCUCCCAGGAACGCCUGGAUAUCGCACCAGCCCGCCUGGAAGCCAGAGAUAGGGGCAGCACGCUACCACGGAGGCAGCCACCGCGGGACUACCCUGGCACCAUAGCUGGCCGCUUUGGGUCACGGGAUGCACUGGACUUAGGGGCACCCCGAGAAUGGUUGAGCACACUGCCCCCACCCCGCCGCCACCGGGACCUUGACCCACAGCACCCACCUCUGCCCCUGUCUCCACAGCGGCAACUCUCAAGGGACCCCCUCUUGCCAUCUCGGCCCCAGGACUCUUUAUCUAGGAUUUCAAACUCUCGGGAGCAGCUGGACCAGGUGCCUAGUCGGCACCCCUCACGGGAGGCCCUUGGACCAGCCCCACAGCUUCUCAGAGCGAGGGAGGACCCAGCCAGUGGCCCUAGCCAUGGUCCCUCCACAGAGCAACUGGACAUUCUCUCCUCUAUCCUCGCCUCUUUCAACUCCUCAGCCCUCUCCUCUGUGCAGUCCUCAAGCACACCUUCGGGCCCUCACACCACUGCCACGCCUUCUGCCACAGCCUCUGCACUUGGGCCUUCCACACCACGCUCAGCCACGUCACACAGCAUCUCGGAGUUGUCACCUGAUUCAGAAGUUCCCAGAAGCGAGGGUCACUCCUGAGGAGCUGACCUGCGAAUGAGGAGCCACCAGGGGCAGUGGAGGAUUUGGGCCCACUGAAGAGACUUCAGGAUUGACCCCAAGGCAGCCUUCUUCAAGCCCUCCCCUCAGAUCAGCUCGGUGCAGAAGGAAGGUCCCUCCCGUGCGCAUCUGUGAGCAUGUGUGUGACAGGUGCAGGGGCGGAGGCUGAAGGAAGACUUUUAUAUGUUUUGUACCUUUGUAACCAGAGAGAUAUGCUUAUGUUAUUUUUCAGCUUUUCUGUCUCCCAGGGGUCUCGAGACUGGGCUAGGAGGGGGAAGGGGAUGGGAGAGAGAUGCAGUUUGGCCUCCUCUGGGUGCUUAGCAAAGCAUCUGCUCUUUUCUUCCAUCUUACAGUAGAGUGGACGAGUGGGGCCCACCCACUCUUUCCCCUCCUCUUCCCCACAUUGAUCUGAACAUUGUUGGGGCCCAGGGUGCAAAUUUGAUCUUUGUAUUUUCUCCGAUGUCCCCUAGGCCAAACUCCUGUUGGGGGGGUUGGUCUUGGAAACGGGGGUCCUCCAUCCUCCUCCUGAGGGCUCACGUGCUCCACUCCCCCUGUGGGUGUGGAUAUGUAUUACAUGGAGUCCCUGCCGCUUACUGCCUUAAGACCUAGGACUGCUGCCGCAUGUGCUGGUGGAGCAUCAGAAGUCAAGUUUACUGAUCAAGGCUUCCCUUUCUCCCUUAGGGAGGGACUUGGGUCUCUAAUCAGACAUUCCUAUGGGGGGGCCCGGUGGAGGGGACACUCCUUUGUCCCUCCUUCACUUGUCUGUGGUGCCAUUGGUUCAUUACACUGUCCCCUAGAGGGGAUGGGAGGGGCAGUGAGCAAAGGGAGCAGAAACAAAGGAACCCAAGACCCAGAAUGUAGGUGCCACAGCCUCCCCUGUUUACUGGAUCCUCCCUGGCACCAGGCUGCAGCAGUGGCUGCCCUAUCUUCUGUUCCUCCCUUAUAAAGGGAAAAGUAACUGUUAGGGUCCUGUUCACAAAACUCUCUUUUGUUAUUUGUCUGAUGUCCAGUUCUGGGGACUUUAACAUUUUUGUUACUUUGUUUACAGAUCAAGAUUAUUUUUUAACAUGGUUGGGUUUUAUUUAUUGUUUACAGCAUAAAACAUUGAACUUUGUUUACAGUUCCGAAUGUUUCCCCUCUUUGUUUACAAGUGAAAGGUAGAAAGAGUGGGGGAGGGGCCUAAGGGACCCACCUGUGCUGCCCCUGGACCUGGCCAUCCUGGGGGAGCCUUCUAAUCCCGACUUCCCAGGUCAAAGGUCAGCUGAGUCUUCUAACAGCUUGCCCCGAAGGUGGCUCAGGACUGGGGUUCUGUGCAAACGCCACCCACCCCUACCCCGUGCAUACUCUUGGGAGGCAGUUUCUGAGAUUCAAAAAUCCCGCUUCACUGCCUGUGCCAAAUCCCACCAGCCAGGUCCAUAGCUCUCUUUAUCCAGACUGACCCCUGCCCUUGAAGGGCUGAGAGGCCUGUCGGUGGGAGAGUGUCCUUGCUAUGUCCUAGGUUCUGUAGAUGCCCGUCUCCAGGGUCCCCUUCCAACAGUGGCCCUCUUUCCUGUCUGUGUAAAUUGUUCCGUGAAGCCGCGCUCUGUUUUGGGAAUAAACUUCUAUAGAAAACA